CAAGACUUUGUUGUGUAUUCGUUGAGUGUUUUUAUUUUUAAAAGUUAGUUAAGUCUUAUGGAUUCAACUUAGUUGAGGCUAACAAAUCCUAAAUUUUUUUCCCCAAUAUGAUUUUUCUGACGGAUUGCUCAAUGCUAGUGAAAAUUAAGGGAUGAAAAGGAUGGUGCUUAAUGACAAUAGGUACCUCUCUCUUUUUACGAGUAUUGUUUUCAAAAGUUAGUUGAGUCUUUGUGAAAUCAACUUAGUUGAGAUUGAGAAAUCCUCAUCAUGGACAUAUUGAAUUCUUUGUAUACAUCACUCAAUAACGUUUUUUUUUUUUUGAAAGAAAUCAGGUUAAUAAUAUGAGUAUCUAAAUAAGCAUACUCCAUUGUUGAAUGUGUAGAAUGUUUUUGUAAAAGUUUGGAAUGCAAUUAGUCUUAUCAUCUCGUUGACUUUCUUGCUUACUAUACACUAUACAGUGACGAACUAAAGACUGAAAACCUGAAGGCUGUAUUACUGAAGAGCAACAACUUCAAGCAUUCCUCAGAAACUCAUCAAUGGCGGCAAAACUCACUUCCAGACUACUCCUUCAAUCUCACCACCAUCUUCAUCUUCAUCUUCCCGCCAUUUCUCGCUCUCUCUGCUCAAUCUCUUCUUCAUCUUCAACAGCAAAACCAUCAAUUCCAUCUCUUCAACCAUCUCACGACGCAGAUUUAAUCUCCAACAUUCUAAUCGAACAUCACAACCCUUUUCAUGCCAUGGAAUCCUCCCUUCAACUCUACGGUAUUUCUCUCUCCUCUUUUCUUCUUCACCAAACCCUAAUUCGUCUUUCCCACCUCUCAAAAAUUGCCCUUUCUUUCUUCUCCUAUUCUCUCUCCUCUCACCCUUCUGCCAUUGAUGUCACCUCCUUCAAUCUAAUCGUCGAUAUCCUCGGAAAAGUUCGUCAAUUCGACGUUGUUUGGCAGUUGAUUCUUCAAAUGCAAACCCUAAACCUAAAACCCCAGAAUUCCACUUUUUUGAUCUUUAUUCGUCGUUUGAUUGCUGCUAAUUUUACCCGGCAAGCGAUUCGGGCGUUUGAUGAUAUGCCCUGUUUUACUGAAACAGAGGUUUGUAAAGAUGAUUUUGUGUAUGUGAUUGAUACAUUGUGUAAAUAUGGUUAUGUUAGGGUUGCAAUGGAGCUUUUUAAUAAAAGGAAAUUCGGGUUCGAGGUUUGUGUUAAAGUUUAUGCUGUUUUGAUUGAUGGGUGGUGUAAGGUGAAGAGGGUUGAUAUAGGAGAAAGAUUGUUGAGAGAGAUGAUUGAUAAAGGGAUUGAACUGAAUGUAGUUUGUUACAAUAUAUUGCUUAAUGGGAUUUGUCGAAAAUCGAGUUUGCACCCGGAUGAUCGCUUUGAGAGGACGAUUCGUGCUGCAGAUAAGGUGUUUGAUGAAAUGCGUGAGAGAGGGAUUGAGCCUGAUGUUACUAGCUACUCUAUUGUGCUUCAUGUGUGUAGCCGUGCUCAUAAGCCUGACUUGACUUUAGAUAGGUUGGAGGGGAUGAAGGCAAAGGGGAUUUGCCCGAGUGUGGCUACUUAUACGUCGGUUGUUAAGUGUCUUAGUUCGUGUGGGAGGGUUGAUGAUGCUGAGAGGUUGCUUAAUGAGAUGAUUGAGAGUGGUGUUACACCGAGUGCUGUAACGUAUAAUUGUUUCUUUAAGGAGUUGAGAGGAAGAAAGGAUGCCGAAAAGGCUUUGGAGUUGUAUAGGAGGAUGAAGAAAGAAGGUGUGUGUGUUGCGAGCUUGCAUACGUAUAAUAUCCUUGUGCAAAUGUUUGUGAAGUUGAAUAACAUGGAGGUCGUUGAAGAGAUAUGGAAUGAUAUGAAAGAAGCCGGGGCUGGACCUGAUUUAGACUCGUAUACCGUAUUAAUUCAUGGUUUGGUUGAGAAAGAGAAAUGGAGGGAAGCAUGUGAAUAUUUCGUGCAGAUGAUUGAGAAAGGAUUUCUUCCUCAGAAGAUCACCUUUGAGAUGCUUUAUCGCGGGUUGAUACAAGCUGAUAAGUUGAGAACUUGGAAGAGGCUGAAGAAGAAACUUGAUGAAGAGUCCAUAUCGUUUGGGUCCGAGUUUGAUGAUUAUCACCUUCAACCCUACAAGAGAUGAGAUUUAGAGAUGAUUUUGAGUAUGGAUAACCACAUUGUCAAUCGUGCUUAUCGGAUUGGCCAGAAGAUACAUGUUCUAGUUUAGAGACUGAUGACAUGUGGUGCUACAAUUGAAGAAAAAAUACACAGGAUGCAGGUUUUUUUUUUUUUUUUUUUUUGAAGGCAUAUAGGAUGCAGCGAUGUGUAUAUGACAGUCACGAACCAAUUCAAUGCUACAGAGUGAAGUAUACUAAAAAGUGGCGCUCCAUGAUCACUGGUCAGAACGUGAACUUGAGGUUAUUUUAAGGGAGCUGAGGAUGGAACUUGGUUUCUGGGCAAAGAUCAAGACAAGAAACCCAGCUGAAGCGAAGCUGAAGUAAUGGCUAUUAGAGGUGGAGUGGUGUUAGCUUCUUGACUCGGGGUUGUAGAACAUCAUUAGUAGUUUACUCUGUACAAGCUCUGGAGGACGUGUGGAAACAAGGAACAAUGAACUAGCUGCUAUACUUGCUGAUAUAGGGGAAUUCCUCCAGAGAUUGCAACUUUAGGUUCAGCUAUGUGCCUCGAGAAGCAAAUUUCUUGGCUCAUUACCUUGUGAAUUAUGCUGUAAGCAUGGAGGAGGAAGUGAAGAUACAUACAGGUGAAGAUAAUUACCAUAUGUCCAUAAUUUACAGUAGAGGGCUAUUUAAAUGUCUUGUGCAUUUUCUAAUAGAAUACAUUGUACUACUCCGUUCUUAAAUUUUUGCCCUAUUCUAAUAUUUGGGUUAAACUUUUAAAACUUUGAUCAAUAAUUAUCCUUGAUCUAUAUAAGUAAUAAUAUAAUGUUGAAUUCGUCUCAUUGUAUUUGUAUAGUUUAUGAAUAUCAAGUUUUUAUAAUUGGUAUGCAUAUAGAAAUAGAGAUAUUUUCUUCUUUUUUUUUUUGGGAAUAUGUAGUUUCUUUCACUAAACAUUGAGUAAGAUUUUUUCCCUUCUUUCAAAAAAAAAUCCCUCCCCCUCAAAAUAAAAAGGAUAUUGUUGACGAAUGUCCCGGGGCGUUGAAUAAG